CUUGAUUUACAUAAUAGGCUCCCUUGGCAGGUAGCAGAGAGAUCCUGUUACCUCGUUGCUUUUCACGGUCGUUUACACGUUUAAGGCGUCGGAAGUGAGCAAAUUCCCAUAUAAAAACGUGUAGUUACUUCAAUUUCACUACAACGUAGCUAUGAAAGCCGUUCCGUUGCGCGGCGGCGGCCCCGAGACCGAAGGCUCUCAACAGCAGCAGCCUGAGCAACUGUCGCAGCGCCAAACUCUCUUCGAGGAUGCCUCAAUUUCGACUCGCAUGCUCAGUCAGCCCUUGAUCUCCCGGUCCCGCGUCAAUCUGCUGGCGUCCCUGGCGGAUGCAUCGCAAGCUGCUCCCCCUCGCAUCAGCAGCAUCAGCGGUGGAAACCCCUUGACAGCCUCCAACACACAAAAGCAGCAGCAUCUACGAGGCCGGGAAGAGUCGGGAGAGGAGUCGGAUGUGGGGACGGAUGAAGGCGACGACACGGGGGACAUCUUUGGAAACCUGAAGACCCAGUUGCUGUGGGACACUGUGGGCCGGCGGCUGCUCAUCUCCGCUCGGCAGUACCUGGAGACCCCUCGCAAGCUGGAGCUCAAGAUGCGGGGGCUGCUGGAUACGGCAUCAGGCCAGCACCGGGUGCGGGGUCACGCUCGCCGCAACUUUUACACCCACGUGCCGCUGCUGCAGCGGCUGCUGGCGGCUCAGUCCCAGCGGCAGGCGGGCGGCUGGGUGGACGAGCCUGAUCUGGAUCCGGAGGGCUGGCUGCCGGGCGGUCUGCGCUGCCUGCUCUUCCAAGACUGGGUGCUCGCGCCAGGCCUCUCGUACGACACAGCCCGACUGCCGGCAGUGCCGUACACAUCACCCCGUGGCGCAGCCUCCGCCGCGAGCUCUGUUGGCGGCGCAGCAACCGUACCCGCAACUGGCGUCAACGGUACGACAACCGAGUCAUCCAUACAACCGCCUUCCGCUGCUCCGGGGGUAGGGUCCGGAGGGCUUUUCUCCUCGGCCGCAGCAGCGGCUACGUCGUUGUUGGGGCAGCCGGCUGUGAGGUAUCAGCUGGCGAUUAAGAAGAACCCGCAGGUCAUCAAAAACAGCGGUACGGCAGACGUGUGGCUGCAAGCCAAGGCACUCGCCGAGUACGACCCCAAGGCUUCCGAGCUUACCCUCGGAGGUUCGGUACGGCUCAAGGCAGUUCGGUACGCCGUUACGGCUGGAGGGCAGGAUCUUCGGUUGUCGGUUGGGCUGGAUGUUGCGCACGACGAGAACGGGCGGUUGGCCAAGAUGCCGUACAUCCACGUCAGCGACGGCAAGCUGGGGGCCAAGCUCCAAAACCGGCGCUGGCUGCUGUCGUACGCGAUUUGAGCAGCUGGAAGCUAUCUUGGAUUCAUGAUGUUAUCGUACAUAGGACCCUUACGUGUGCUAUUCAUGGUCGUACACGAGGGACACGACACGUCGUACUUGGCACCCCCUUCGGGCAUUGAGGUGAAGCUACCUGCCAUCAGUCUCGUACGUACGUUGGUUGUAUGUCGCCGACUGGACCUGGAUCUCUCCUGUAGCCCACUGUCUAUGUCGUACUUUGCACCUUUUUCACGGCAUCGUAUUGCUUGCUGUAGCGUUACCCGUUAGGUGCCGUUUGCAGCGGCUGUUUGUACAUCGUGCAUCUGAUAAACGGGCUCAUAAAAACACACACGA